AUGGCUAGCUCUUCCGGAAAGGGCGAGGAGUUGACGGCGACGGCGGCGGCGGCAAAGGAGGAGACAACGCACGUGACAGCCUCGGCGUCGCCCGCGCCGCUGGCGGUAGCACGUGGUUACCGCGGCGUGCGCACGCGGCCGGGGAGACGAAAGUUUGUGGCGGAGAUCACCCGCAAUAAAAGGCGCUUCUACCUGGGGUCGUUCGAUACGCCUGAAGAGGCAGCGCGGGCCUACGACAGUGCCUGCUUCGACUUCCAAGGCAAGUCCUCUCCCCGGCUUAACUUCCCUCAUGAGGCCGCCGCGCUGGCACAGCGGCGGAUGAGCUACGAGAAGGAGAUGAAAGAGCCCGCAUCGUUGACCAUGGAGGGGUCGGAGCGGCUCAACCACCUCCCCUAUGCACAACAAAUUUGGGAGCUGAAUAAUGCGUCGCCAUUCAAAUUCCUUUAUGAUGAUGAUGAUGCCCUGCAGCCGGCAUAUUUCGUCGAUGGGUUGACGGAUGGGAUUACCGAAAGGAUCACCUCGAUGCUGGCACAGUCGUCCGUCGACGGGUCUGCAGCAGCACCGGGGGGUGGGACGAAGAGGAGGAGCACGAUCUCCAGUACGAGCUGCAGUUCUGUUCCUGGCUUGGUUCUCAACCUCAAAGAAGCUCUCCUCACUGUGCUUCCCUGGGCGCCAUGGGAUCCCUUCUAG